AUAUUCUGGGCCAAACAAUUUACGAGUAGGGGGCAGCUCCAGUGCGCAUCCCCGGCGUUUAUUUGGGGUGUAGGGGUGUGUUCAGCCAGGGCCAAAUAGACAUCCCUUGUUAUGGGGGCUGGGGGCGCGGCUUGGGCCAUGUGUCCCUGGGUGUUGUUUGGCCUGGGAGCACUUACGUGCGUCCCGCAUCCCUGAACGGUUGUGGGAACCCAGGACUGAUCGUGAAUGUCAAGUUUUGUUUUUGAUGGGGCUGAAUAUGACCCAGUGGUGAUUGGGCGGAGGUGGGGUGGAGGAGAGAGCAUCUCAGGCCCUGCUCUGCGUUGGCUUGUUGGCGGUGGGUGGAGGUGAGUUCGACGUGGGCAAAAUAUCCGUAAGGGGUGGUGGAGUGUCUUGGCUCUGGAGUUCCUUGGGUUUUUAGAAAAUGGGGAGGUUUGGGGCCUGAGGCAGACAUCCUACAGUGAUGGUGCACUGCACCGCUGGGGCCUGCAUCUAGGCAGUUUUUUGAGUGCAGGCAGGUCUGCUUCUCUGGGAUCUCUUGUCCCACGGUUUGUCCUCAUCCCGGGGCCCACUCUGCUUUAUGACAAAGAUCCCAGAUUUGGUUGUAAUGUUCACCUUCUCACAUCCCUGCCUGCCCAGAGAGGACUGUAUAGAGAACGAGAGAACUUCUUGCAGGCCUCCUGUCAGAAUUUCAAGGUGAACACGGGGCUGACUCUGGGGCCAUGAUGUUGCCUGAUCCUUCUGCCUGGAGAGAGCAGGACUGGGAGGAGAUGUUGCCUUUGGAGAACAGGGAAGUUGCGGAAACUGUGAAGACACCGACUCAGAAUCACAAGGCAAAAGGUUUGCCUUCUCACAAGACUGACUGGCUUCAAGAAAAGGAGGGAGAAGCACAGGUGGUACCAGUUACAGUCAGGGAUGUGGCUGUGGUCUUCACAGAGGCAGAAUGGAAGAGACUGAGCUCUGAGCAGAGGGACCUAUACAGAGAAGUGUUGCUGGAGAAUUAUAGGAAUCUGCUCUCAUUGGCAGAACCAACGCCAGAGAUCUAUUCCUGUUCUUCCUGCCUUCUGGCCUUUUUCUGUCAGCGGUUCCUCAGCUAACACACGCUGCAGAUCUUCCCGGGUGUGUGUGUAGAAAAUCACUUCCACCUGGGGGAUUCUGGCCUGGUGCAUCGGGGGCAGCAGUAUUCUGCUCACAGCUGCUGGAGUGAAAACACAGAAGGCCAAGAGAAAGAAGGUGACUCCAGACUCUGGUGCUCAAGGACAGAGGAGAGAUGGCCCUUACGUGCAUUGCCUAGCCCACCCUGAGAACAGUCAGCAAGUCCUGGAGAAGGCAGCGCAGUGGUAGAAAUAGAGCCCAGCGCAGCCCAAAGGGUAAACCCUUUGCAAGCAGACAAAGAAAUGAAGGAAUUAGAAACCUCAAGCUCUGGAGCAGUCAACUGUCAAGAACGUGAACUAGACUGUAGCCCCAAAUCAAACUGCAUUACAAACCAGACCAUCCUCUUAGGGGAGAAGCCCUAUGUCUGCAGGGAGUGUGGGCAAGGCUUUAAAGAUAAGUCGAACCUCAUCAGACACCAUUGGACACACUCAAUGGAGAAGGCUUAUGUGUAUAGUGAGUGUGGCCGAGGUUUCAGCCAGGUGUCAACCCUUAUUAAUCACCGGAGGACACACUCAGUGAAGAAGCCUUACAUGUGCAAGGAGUGUGGGCGGGGCUUUAGCCAGAAAUCACUCCUCCUUGUGCACCGGAGGACACACUCAGGGGAGAAGUAUUAUGUUUGCAGGGAGUGUGGGCGAGGCUUUAGCAACAAGUCAAGUCUCAUAAGACACCAGAGGACACACUGAGAGGAGAAGUCUUGUGUAUGCAGGGGUCCUGGGCAGGACUUUAGCAAUUAGUCGAACCUCUUCUUACGCCAGAGAGACAUACAGGGAGUAGUCUGUAU